GAAUUCUUUUUCUUUAAGGCCAUGUCAUUGACAAGCUAUCCGACCUGAGUCAUGUCUUGAAUUGAAAGCGGGUUUCCCAGUUAUCACAACCGGGUUACUACAGCUCUAAGAAUAAUUAACAUCAGGGUAUUUAAAAGAAAACAAAACGGUAAACAAGUCUCAUUCACAAUUUAUAUCGUAUAAGAAACUACAAUGAUUCAAGCGCAAAACAGAACUUGGGUUUCAGAGGACGGACGUUUUUGUUAUUUCAGUUGCAAACCAAAACAUAAAGGACGCAAAUACAUGGUGUUUAAGGGUGUGGCAUUGAGACGGGGAUCGCUCGAGUCGCCGGAGAAUGUGAUUGUGAAGGUUUAUAGACACACCCAUGGCGGGACGGGGGACUGGGGACUCUACAAGACUCUGGGUCAACUGGCACGACAGGUCGCUGAUGCUUUUAACACCUACCUUAACAUCAUUCAGGUUGAACCGAAGGUGGAAUUUCUUGCACCAGAAAUGGCGAUCAUGGACACUCAAUCUGACUUCCUGAUAAUUGCUCGUUUCUUCUGGAAUUUCAGGAAGAAAUUCUCAGAGGAUGAAGCUUUAGUCAUAGAACGUCGACUGAAAGACGACUUUAUGACAUUCAUUACAAAAGACGGACAUGCAAAACACGAACUUUCAGCACUGCCUGCCGCAUUUUGCCAUUAUUCAUAUACAGAAAGUGGCGGGCAGUAUGUGAUAUGCAACCUCCAAGGUGUUAUUGAAAAAGGAAAGUUUGUGUUUACAAACCCAGUUCUCCACUCGAACAGGGAAACAUUUGGUGAAUCCGACAAGGGUGCUAAAGGUAUCGCCACGUUCUUCGAAAACCAGGUGUGUACGUACCUUUGCCAAGAUUUCAUAAAACCGACGAGCUUAGAUAAAAAAAGACCGCCAAGUUACUCAGAAGUGUGCCCAGACCGUUAAAUCAGCUAUGUUAGGCUAGUUUACCGCCUUAUAUAUAUAUCUUAAUUUAGACCUAAUUAUGACUAAAUAGUGUUUCUCUUUCGGCCGUUCUAAGUAUUAGACCAUACCUUAUACCUCUCUUAAAACGGUUUUAUGGCAACUCGGGUUGCCAUUAUACCUGUUUACCUGUUGAGGCCCGAAAGUUUAGAAACUUCAGAAACGACGGAAAUACGAGAGGAGACAACUCAGAAUGGUAUAUUGAACGCUUACGAAGUCGUCCUGAGUUAAUCGAUGUCAAGACAUUUACGGCGAUUCAUAAGGAAUUUCGUUUUGAAAAAAUAAUGAUUUCCCACCUACCACAUUUACCACAUUUAAAGUAUUCGUUACACAUUUAGUAAAAUAUUCCAGUCAGUUCAUAGUAUUGCAAUAUUAUACUUUGUUGAAGUUCAAUGUGUUCCUGUGGUAUCGGCUAUGUGCAAUUUAUUGUUUUGCCAACAUUUCGUUAUUUUUAAUGCAGUUGGUUCAUGUCAUAAUUGUUCAAGUAUUACUCUGAAUGUUUAAACUUAUUACCGCA